UCAGGACAUACACAGCGUACUCUGACCUAACGUUGCAGGAGGUCAGGUGACAGCAGCAUGGGCCCUGGGAAGAGAUGAGAGCUGGGAAGACAGCCUGACUGGGAGAGGAGGGGAAGAGCAGGAGAGAAAUGGCUCAGAAUUUUGUCCAGAGUAAACUCUCUGCAUCCAAGGUAACCAUGUUCGAGAAGAUCUCAUGUCCUUUUUGUGUCAGAGCAAAAGGAAUUCUGCAGAAAUACAAGUUCAAGGAGGGCCACCUGGAAAUCAUUAAUAUUGCCAAUCUGGAUAUAAUGAACAGUUUGCAGGAUUACUUCUUACAGAUCACUGGGGAGAGGACGGUACCUCGUAUUUUCAUUGGAGAGAAGUGUAUUGGAGGCUGUUCUGAUCUGGCACCCCUAGAUGGCAGUGGAGAGCUAGAGAAAAUGCUGGUAUCAAUUGGAGCCCUGCAGUAAUGACAUGAAGCCUGUGGUUGGAUCCAGAGCAGAUCCUGGGUCUUGAGUAACUAAUAUUACCAUUCAAAAUAUUUAUAGUUUUUUUGCCAAUAAAGUUGAUCUUAAAAUGAA